CACAUGCGUAAUGUUAAUUAUGAAAUGACGUUUAUUGUCUGAGGGGCGUACAAUUUGUCAACAAAACAGUCGCCAUUUUGCGUAAAUUUAAUUUUGAAUAAGAGGCUAUCCGCUUUAAUCCGAGGCAUCAGAAGUUUUUGUGAAAGCGUAUUAAAAGUAAUGUUUCUGUGAUACAUAGAAAAUAUCUGUAGGGAAGAUAUUUUUUAUCAAAAAACUGAUAUGUAUUAAUAAUUGAAAUUGUCUUUGUGUUUCAAGAGAUUAUAGAUAUAACUGGGAGAAAAAAGUAGUUAAGUUUAUUAAAAAUGAGUUCUAAAGAUGAUGAAUAUGAUUAUCUAUUUAAAGUUGUUCUUAUUGGCGACUCAGGCGUAGGGAAAAGUAACUUAUUAUCAAGAUUUACUAGAAAUGAAUUUAAUUUGGAGUCUAAAUCCACCAUAGGAGUCGAAUUUGCCACCAGAAGUAUACAGGUGGACGGCAAAACAAUAAAAGCACAAAUAUGGGAUACGGCCGGACAGGAGAGAUAUCGAGCCAUUACGGCCGCUUAUUAUCGCGGCGCCGUCGGAGCUCUCCUAGUCUACGACAUCGCCAAGCAUCUGACCUACGAGAACGUGGAGCGUUGGCUGCGCGAAUUGCGCGACCACGCCGACCAGAACAUCGUCAUUAUGUUGGUGGGCAACAAGUCCGAUUUGAGGCACCUGCGGGCCGUGCUCACCGAAGAGGCGAAAUCGUUCGCAGAGAGAAACGGGCUGUCGUUCAUCGAAACUUCGGCUCUAGAUUCGACCAACGUCGAUAUGGCAUUCCAGAAUAUACUCACAGAAAUCUAUAGAAUUGUUUCUCAAAAACAAAUUAGAGACCCGCCUGAAGGCGACGUAAUACGACCAGAAAGAGUAGAACCAAUAAAUAUACAACCGUCUACGACUUCUGAUGGUGUACGCAAACAAUGUUGUCAGUAAUAAUCAAAUUUUAGCAAUAAUAUGCAUGUUACACUAAAUACAGGUCUCAGCAGGUAGUGCCGCCUUGUCUUAAUUCACUGUGACUACGUUUUUCUUUAAUUUGAAAUAUAUCAGGAACCUGUAUACACUUCUUUAUUAGAUGAAAUUGCGCUGUGACAAUGCGGAUUGCCGUUUUCUAAUUUGCUGUGCACUUAGUAUGUAAUUUCAGAUUAUAGACUUACGAAAAAAUUGUAGAUAACUUUUGUUACAUAGGCCAUAUAUUAUUUCAACAUCCUCAAAAAAAUGGUAUAUUUGUUGUCAACUGUAAUAUAAGCUUCUUUAUUAAAAAUAUAAAUUUAGUUUUUAAAUAAAAUAUCUGUAACAC